GCAACAGGCUGUUUUGUACAACAUAGGAUAUAUUCUAGAGAUUUAGUAUUCAAAAGGAGUUGGAUCCUAACAAACUGGGUAACAGGAAUGGGGAACAAAAUUGUAACGUUUACGGAACAGCAGUUAGAAGAUUAUCAGGACUGUACGUUUUUUACAAGGAAGGAAAUAUUAAGAGUGUUCAAAAGAUUUCGAGAGGUGAACCCGGAACUAGUCCCGAAGCGAAUGACUGAAAACCAAGCUCACACAAUAGCGGUGCCAGUUGAAGAAAUAGAAAAACUUCCUGAAUUAAAGGAGAAUCCUUUCAAGCGUCGCAUCUGCCAAGUAUUCUCGCACGACGGCUCCGGCAACCUCACGUUUGAGGACUUCCUCGACAUGAUGUCGGUCUUCAGUGAAGCGGCGCCGAGGGAUAUUAAAGCCUGGUAUGCAUUCCGUAUCUACGACUUGGAUGACGACAUGUUCAUCGGCCGCGAGGAUCUGUUAGAAGCCACUCGGUUGCUGACCAAAGGCGAGCUGCACCCGCAGGAAAGAGAUGAGAUAGUCGCCAGUGUGCUGGAUGAAGCCGACGUGGAUGGAGACGGGAGACUGUCCUUUAUGGACUUCGAGCACGUUGUUGUACGGGCACCUGAUUUCUUGUCCACUUUUCAUAUUAGAGUUUAAAGAAUGAUAUGUGACUAGGUUUUUCUUUGUUUGAGAGCACUUGCAUAUAUCACUGGCAAUUGAGAGGAUUUUGUUCCUUUUAAAAAUUUAGAUUUACUGAAAAAUUCACCCCGAAACUGUCACUAUGUUUUUAUAUUUAAGUGUCUUUUAAUUUGUAAAAUGUUGGUUUAAAAAUAA